AUGGGGAGCAUUGUCAGGAUUCUGGCUCCAGGACUUGUGGGAAAUCCCAUUGACUGUCUGGACUUUUCUGGACACGUCCCCGUCGUGGCAACCUUUCAGCCUAGUGACUCAGAGUCCCUAGAUGACUUAAUCCUCUGUUCCCAAAAGGAACUGACCAGAAGGGCCCGGCUGACCCCUGGAGUCAAGACCCCUGCUGCCCUGCAGGCAGGCUGUGAGGACAGGGCUGAGGAGGAGGAGGAGGUCACAGAUGACAGCAUCAGCUUCCAGCCCUACAUUGAGCCUCCCUCCUUCCUGGGGCAAGGACACUGGAUUCCACAGUGCUCUGAGGCAGAUGGGGUAGACUCGGGGUGUUCCCAGACUCUGGGCCAGGCCGAAGGCUCCUCUGCUUGGGAUUCUGAGGACAGAAGCUGGGCCAGCACGUUGGAUUCUCCCUCCUGGGAUGAGGCUAGGACCUCCGGCUCUUUGGCCAAGAAGGGGCCAGGCGAGGGGAGAGGCAGAGACGGGCGCUGGGAGCCCCUUCCACUACCUGAGUUCCCCGAGGACUCGGGCCCCGCGGAGGAGCCACAGGAGCUCUCCUCCUGGACCACCUGGGGCUCCUCAUCUGCAGGGCGGCACCUGGGCCCCGGGGAGCCUCCCGUUUCUCUUUCCACGGUGACCUUCUGCUGGGACAGCAGCCUGGGAGAAGAAGAGGAAGAGGAAGAAGAUGGGGAGGGGUCAGAAACUGAGGACAGUGGCACCGGCAGCUGGGGGCCUGAGGGCUCCCAGAGGACCGAGGGCAUGAGAGGGCUGUGUGGGCAUUACAUGGCAAGGGCUGCUGGCCUUCCCCAAGGACAUAGGAUGCCACAAAGACUUGAGAGCCUGCUUACAGCAUGGAGGUACCGAAGGGUUCUCGUGGCACCUCUGGGCACCAACAUGACACAGUCUAUCUGCUUACCCUGUUCCCAUCCCCUUGCAGCCCACAUUGGAGAGGAUGCCUCGAAUCUUCUUCAGCACGUGAAAUUCCAGUCCAGCAACUUUGAAAACAUCCUGACGUGGGACAGCGGGCCAGGGAGCACCUCAGACACGGUUUACAGCGUGGAGUAUAAGACGUAUGGAGAAAGCAAGUGGCUGGCCAAGGAGGGCUGCCAGCAUGUCACCCGGAAAUCUUGCAACCUCACCACAGAGACGGGCAACCUCAACGAGUUCUACUAUGCCCGGGUGACUGCCAUGAGUGCAAGGGGCCAGACUGCCACCAUGAUAAGCCACCGGUUCGGCCUGAUGCAGGACACUACCAUCAAACCACCUGAUGUGACCUGUAUCCCCAAAGUGAGAUCUGUCCAAAUGAUCAUCCAUCCUACCUCCACGCCCAUCCACGCUGAGGACGGCCACCAGCUAACCCUGGAGGACAUCUUCCAAGACCUGUUGUAUCGCUUAGAGCUCCGGGACAACCACACCUACAAAUUGCACCUUGAAGGGAAGCAGAGAGAAUAUGAGUUCGUUGGCCUGACCCCUGACACGGAGUUCCUUGGGAAUAUCAUGAUUAUUGCUCCAUACUACUCCAAGGAGAGUGCCCCCUACAUGUGCCGAGUGAAGACACUGCCGGAUCCAACGUGGACCUAUUCCUUCUGGGGCGUCUUCCUGUUCUCCAUGGGCUUCCUCGUUGCCGUGCUCUGCUACCUGAGCUACAGAUACGUCACGAAGCUGCCUCAGCCACCCAACUCCCUGAAUGUCCAGCGAGUCCUGACCUUCCAGCCACUGCAGUUCAUCCAGGAGCGCAUCGUGAUCCCUGCCUUGGACCUCAGCGGCCCCAGCAGCCUAGCCCAGACAGUCCAGUACUCUCAGGUGAAGGUGCCUGGGCCCAGGGAGGCCCAAGGAGCCCCACAGCUGCCCAGCCUGCCUGAGAUCACUUACUUUGGUCAACCAGACAUGUCCAUCCUCCAGCCUCACAACAUGCUACCUCACCAGAUACUCUCCUCACUGCCCUAUGCCCCACAGGCUGGCCCUGAGGCCAGACCCCCAUCCUACACACUUCAGGCCACCCCCGAAGUUGAACAUCCAAGCUACACUCCACGGAAGAUGUCUGAGGUCCCGCCUCCCUCCUACACCCCUCAGGCCACUCGGAACAGCUGGCCUCCAUCCUAUGGUCUGUUCAUGGAAGGCUCUGGAAAAGAUUCCCUGCCUGUGGCACUCUCUAGUCCCAAGCACCUCAGGCCUAAAGGUCAGCUCCAGAAAGAGGUCCCGGUCAGAAGCUACAUCCCAGGUGACCUUUCUCUGCAGGCUGUGUCCUCCUUGGGUAUGGAGGAACCCCAAGAAGAAAAAUCCUCCCACCAGUAUCUAGGAGUUCACAAGGAAAGAACACCUGACCUGAAUGGGGAGCCAGGGACACCAGGAUACCUAAAGGGCCACCUCCCCCUGCUCGCCUCUGUCCAGAUUGAGGGUCACCCUGUGUCCCUCCCUUUGCACACUCCUUCCCCACCAUGCUCCCCCUCAGGCCAUGGUCCAAGUCACUGGGGCCUGCUGGAGUCUCUUGUGUGCCCUAAGGAUGAGAGUCCAGUGUCCAAGACAGAGACCAAGAGCGAAGAACCUUGGGCCCCAGACCUAGAACAGCCCAUUGAGCUGGAGUCCCUUUUCAGAGACCUGGACUUGACUGUGCAAUGGGAGGCCUGA